AGAGCGGGACGUUCGGCUUGCGAGCGGGAACGUCUUAGUCGUACACAGAGAAAGAACGAUUUAAAAAUGGGUGAUGUUGAGAAGGGCAAGAAGAUUUUUGUUCAGAAGUGUGCCCAGUGCCAUACUGUGGAAAAGGGAGGCAAGCACAAGACUGGGUCAAAUCUCCAUGGCCUGUUUGGGCGAAAGACAGGUCAGGCUGUCGGAUUCUCUUACACAGAUGCCAACAAGAACAAAGGCAUCACCUGGGGAGAGGAGACACUGAUGGAGUAUUUGGAGAAUCCCAAGAAGUACAUCCCUGGAACAAAAAUGAUCUUCGCUGGCAUUAAGAGGAAGGGAGAAAGGGCAGACUUGAUAGCUUACCUCAAAAAAGCUACUAAUGAGUAAUAGUUGGCCACUGCCUUAUUUAUUAUGAAACAAAUGUCUCAUGACUUUUUAUGUGUACCAUAUUUAAACUGAUCUCAUACACUAGAAUUCAGAUCAUGAA